AUGCCACAGGUUGAGUCCCUAUUUCGGUCUUAUGGGGACGUCGUGUCCACGCGCCUCGUGCGUGCGUCGCGGCUGGGCGGCGCCACCAAGACUUUCGCCUUUGUGAAGCUGGGAGACGUGCAGCAAGCGAUGGCAGCCAUACGGGCGCUCAACCAGACGCCGUGCGGCGGCCUUGGGCUGUUAGAGGUCAAAUUUGCGGACGCUGACGCCGGCGACCGCAACCCCGAGCUGCGGGCGCCGCCCAGCGAUAACGUCUACGCCAAGAACCUGCCGGGCAGCUACUCGGAAGACGACCUGCGGGCACUGUUCGCGCAAUAUGGGGACGGCGCAGGCGCGCUGGUGCGGCUCGGCUCGGUGGCGGACGCGCAGCGCGCCAUCGCGGCGCUGCACAACCAGCGGCUGCCAGACUCCAAGGCGCCGCUGGUGGUGCGCUUCGCCGACAGUGCCGACCACAAAGCCAAAAAGGCCGCUCGGAUGGGCCGCGCCUACAACCGCUGGGCCGCCUCCGUCGGCGCCGGCGGCGGCGGCGGCGGCGCCGACCGGGGGCGGCGGCCCAGCAACCUGGCAAGGUACGCCAGCGGCAGUGUCGGGAGCGGCAGCGACUUGGGGGAGGUGCUCGGCGGCGCCGUGCCCGGCUUCGGCGGCGGGGGCUUCGGCGUGCGCGAGCGGGACAGCAGCAUCUACAUCAAGUAUCUUCCGGAGGAGACCGACAAGCUCUUUCUGUAUGAGAAGUUUGCUCCCUUCGGCGCGGUGCACAGCGUCAAGAGGCGGCGCUGCGCGCUGUGCGUGCUAUGA